AGGAUGACCAGAGAGAACCUGACCAGUAUAUCGGAGUUCCUCCUCAUGGGGAUCUCCAAGUGGCCUGAGCACCAACAACUCCUCUUUUCACUGUUCCUGGGGAUGUACUUGGUCACUGUAUCUGGGAAUCUGAUCAUCAUCCUAGCAAUAUAUUCCAGUAUUCACCUCCACAGCCCCAUGUACUUUUUCCUCACCAAUCUCUCCUUCACUGACAUUUGUUUUAUCUCUACCACAGUCCCCAAGAUGUUAGUGAACAUUUGUACCCAGGAUCACACCAUCUCUUAUGUGAAAUGCCUGACUCAAAUGUACUUUUUCACCUUGUUUGUUGGUCUGGAUGACUUCCUUUUAGGUGUGAUGGCAUAUGACCGAUACAUAGCCAUUUGCCGCCCACUCCAUUACUCAAAAGCAAUGAGCCACAGAUUCUGCUUCCUUCUUGUGUCUGGGUCCUGGAUCAUCACUAAUAGCUGUUCCUUGUUACAUACCCUUCUAGUAAAUAAGUUGUCUUUUUGUGCAGAGAACAGGAUCCCUCACUUCUUUUGUGACCUUUCAGCCCUACUCAAGCUCUCCUGCUCUGAUACCCACAUCAAUGACCUAGAGAUUGUAAUUGUGGGAGGAAUUUUGGUUGGUGCUCCAUUUGUUCUAAUCAUGGUGUCCUACAUUCACAUUAUAUUGGCUAUUCUGAGGAUCCCAUCUACUGGUGGCAAGUAUAAAGCCUUUUCUACCUGUGGUUCCCAUCUCUGUAGUGUGUCCAUAUUCUAUGGGACCCUCAUGGGGGUGUAUUUUCUUCCCUCUUCCACCCAUUUGGAUAAUUUAGACAUGUUAGCUGCCAUCUUCUAUACCAUAGUGACCCCCAUGCUCAACCCCUUCAUCUAUAGCCUGAGAAACCGGGACAUGCAGAAUGCACUGAGACUUCUUCACAGGAAGACAACUUUACCAUUUAGAUGAC